ACUAGAAGAAGAAGAAGAAGAAGAAGAAGAAGAAGUGAAUAACAGGAAGUAUCGAACAGUGCAGUGUUGUUACCUGUAGAGUGAAGAUGGAAGUGUGUGUGCACGCGCCGCGGCUCCGCUGUAACGCGCAGUUUCCGGUCGGUUCUGUGGUGAAAGAUGUUCUGACCCGGUUCGUCCAGCAGCAGCUGGGAUCCCCUGAGGAUUUCUACGUCAUCAGAAACGGUCGAGUGUCCGAUGUGGAGGAUCCAUUGCAACAUGGAGCCGUCUAUCACCUGCAGCCCCGUCUGUGUGGAGGGAAGGGAGGGUUCGGUUCGAUGCUGCGAGCUCUCGGCGCUCAGAUCGAAAAGACCACGAACCGCGAAGCCUGCAGAGACCUGAGCGGACGACGUCUCCGAGACGUGAACCACGAGAAGGAGAUGGCGGAGUGGCUGAAGAAGCAGGCGGAGCGGGAGGCGGAGAAGGAGCAGCGCCGGCUGGACCGUCUGCAGAGGAAACUGUCUGAACCCAAACAUCACUUCACUGAUCCUCAGUAUCAGCAGCAGUGUCAUGACCUGUCGGAGCGCCUGGAGGACUCCGUGCUCCUAGGUCUCCAGGCGUCGUCCAGUGGACACGUGAAGGUGGAGGACGUCUCUGCCUCAAAGAGAUCAAACUCUGAUCAGAGCGAGCAGCCGCAGAAGAAGAAGAAGAAGAAGAUGGCUUCGGCGUGUUUCUGGACGGGUGUGGGGGAGCUGGACGAGAUGCUGAGCUCAGAGGACGAAGACGAUGAUGAUGAUGAGGGGGCGUCGUCCUCCUCCAGCUGUGGAGCAGUUACCACAAAGAUGCAGAGAGAGGGGGUGGAGCCUGAGCAGAGCAGCAGCUCGUCCUCAUCCUCUGCUCGCCAAACCAUUAGAGCCUCAAAGAACCAGGAACCAACAGAGACCAGAGCUUCAGAGAACCAGGAAGUACCAGAGACCAAGGCCUCAAAGAACCAGGAACCUCCAGAGACCAGAGCUUCAGAGAACCAGGAACCUCCAGAGACCAGAGCCUCAGAGAACCAGGAACCUCCAGAGACCAGAGCUUCAGAGAACAAGGAACCUUCAGAGACCAGAGCUUCAGAGAACCAGGAACCUCCAGAGACCAGAGCUUCAGAGAACCAGGAACCUCCAGAGACCAGAGCUUCAGAGAACCAGGAAGUACCAGAGACCAAGGCCUCAAAGAACCAGGAACCUCCAGAGACCAGAGCUUCAGAGAACCAGGAACCUCCAGAGACCAGAGCUUCAGAGAACCAGGAACCUCAGCCACAGCGGCAGCCUCUGGAUCUGUCCUCGGUGUCCUCCGUCGAUCAGCUGGAGUCUCUGGGUCUGGACGUCCUGAAGGAGGAACUAAUGUCUCGGGGGUUGAAGUGUGGGGGGGCGCUGUCGGAGCGCGCUGCCCGACUCUUCUGCGUCAGGGGGCUGACCCCAGAUCAGAUCGACCCGGCCUUGCUCUCCAAACCCGGAAAGAAGAGGAGGAAGUGAAGAGGUCAGAGGUCGACCAGACGCUCGUCUCAACAUUAAGGGAAAAGUUCAGUUUUUAAUGUGUGAAUGUUUCCGACAGGAAGUUCUGGAGAGAAACAGGAAGUGACCUAUGAGUCCGGUCAGGUUUUCAUUUGUUUCUUUGUUUUAUCAGUUUUUUCUCCUUUUGAAUCGUCAAAAUAAAGGUCUUGUUUUUUUCUCA